GGGCCACGCUUCCGAGCAGCACCCGAGUCCUCGAGAAGUAGCAGCAGCAGAGGAAGAAGCACCACCACCACCGCCACAACCAGCAGCAACACAAGCUAGUUUGCAUCCCUGCCGAGAUCACGGAUAGAUCGCAAGAGCCAAACAAACGAUCGACACCACCCCGAACAACAACACAUCUUACGUCAGGAUGGAUCCUUACCAGGGCGCCUACUCCUCGCCAAUGUCGGAGGGCAAUCCCUACCAGGACAUGCCCGACACUCCCCUCUACCCAAUGAGCCCCACCUUCGACUCGGGCGGCGGGUCCAGCGACGGGCGGCAAUACGUCUGCCUGGCGGCCGGGUGCGAGCACGUCCCAUUCAAGCGGGUCACGGACCUGGACCGGCACUACAAGUCGGUGCACACGCGCGACGAGGACAAGGACAAGUUCUUCUGCGACUACAAGAAGUGCCCGCGAAGCCAGGACCCCUUCUACCGGCCCGAGCGGCUGCGGAACCACCUGCGGGACUACCACAAGGAGGACCUGCCCAAGAAGGGCACCAAGGCGUCGGCCGAAUGGCUCAAGGAGAGGAACGUCCAGCCCAAGUGGUGGCGCUGCUACAGCUGCCUCAAGCGCGUCGAAAUCCGCCGCGAGGGCUUCACCUGCCCCACGUGUAACCAGGUCUGCGAGCCGGAUCGUCAGAGCCUGAGGGAGAAGCGGAAGAGGUGAAGACAAGAGAAGGGGGGGUGGCGGGAGAGAGAGAGAGAGAGAGAGAGAGAACAGAGGGACAACAGAGAGCAAAGGAGAGCGAAAGGGAGCGAGGUUGGGAGGAGCGGGGGAAUUAUGUGUGAUGAUACUGUGGCGCCAGGAGAGUUUGACCUUCUUCUUUUCUUCUUCAGGUUCAAACAAAGAGU